UCCAAGCCAACGCAUCUGGGGAAUCUUGAAGAAACCCUGCGUUUUGUGAUGUCAUCUGUCUGUAUCUGGCGAUUUCAUAUAUAUAAUAGCUGUUGAUCCAUUUGCGUUUUUGUUGUCAGAAGCAGAACUCAGGCACCCAAUUUCAAAUACUCUACCUCACGCAAUCUAAUUCAAAGAAGCUUCGUGGUAACGCCCUUCUGCAUCUGCUACCUGCAGAAGCGCUUUUGUUUAGUUUUGUUUUUCCCUUUCUUCUAACAACCCAUCUUUCGAAUCCCCUUAAUUUUGUCUCUAUCUCGAUGGGAAUUGAUAUGGAUUUUGGGUUUAUUCCCUUCUUGUUUAGUCCGAUUGUGAUUGUAUUCUAAUUUGGGGGCUUUCUGUUUCAUCGGCCGUAGUGUUUGUUUUUCUCAUCUGGGUCAGAGCUAAAUCUUGGUUUUAGACUAUGAGGAAGAGGGAAAGAGAGAACCCUUGUGGGGUUUGUGGCCAUUAUCACAAAUAUGAGGAAGGGGAAGUUUGUGGGAUUUGUGGUCAUCGUGUUCCUGCUACAUCGGAGAAAACUUCUCUGCAAGUUAGUGCUUUUCCUUCUGAGAUCUUGCCGGAGUUUCUUUAUUUGGGAAGCUAUGAUAACGCUUCACGCUCUGAACUUUUGAAGACUCAAGGAAUCUCCCGCGUUCUUAAUACUGUGCCUGCUUGCCAAAAUCUCUACAAGAACUCCUUCACAUAUCACUGUCUCCAAUAUGAUAAGACUUUACCUUUUGAUGACGCGGUUGAAUUUCUAGAGCUAUGUGAAAGAGACAAGGCUCGGGUUCUAGUGCACUGCAUGUCAGGAAAAAAUAGGUCUUCAGCUAUUGUUAUAGCAUUCUUGAUGAAAUGUAAAGGUUGGAGACUUGCUCAGAGUUAUCAAUGGGUGAAAGAACGGAGGCCGUCCGUUGAAUUAACUGAAUCUAUUCUUCAGCAGCUGCAAGCGUAUGAGCAGAAGGUUUUCGGAUUACCAGAAAACUCCCUCCCAACCCUGCCAAUCCUCCCUCCUGUUGGUCUGCCUUCGUUUGGCUUUGGCUUCCCGAAGACUGGCGACCCAGUUCCUAUAACUCCAUUCAACACCAUUGGUGCAACAUCAAUCUUCUCCCGCCCGACCAUAGAUGUACCCUCCCACGAGUUUACAUUUGGUGCUGGCCAAACUCAAAACAGUUUCUCUUCAAAUCCCUUUGGCGCUAAUCCACGAAACUCAACCAGCAGCAACAUCCAAAUGGACAGUGCUUAAAACUCUCAAGUCAGUCAUCUUAAUAGUUUUUGCAAGAUCCCAUCCAUAGUUCUUUUUUUUUUUUUUUUCCUUCACCUGCAAACAAGUUUGUCAGUUGUGAUGAGUCUUCCUGAAUUUGAGGGGUGAAAAAAGUGGCAAACUUUAGGUUUGUAUGAUGAAUGGGUGUGGUAUUUCUUUUUUUAUAACAUUACUCUUUGGGUUUGUUGUACCUCAAAUGCAGUGAGAUAUUGUUGACUCAUCACUAAUCUUAUACAAUAUCAUAAAUAUCAGCAGAUAUCUCUACUUUUUCUCUCU